UAUAUAGCUUGCUACUUACUGAAUAAGAAAUGGCUCGUUCUCUCUUCCAUGCUAAGCUUCUUGUUGCUUCUGUCGCUGAUAGUGUCUCCCUCUCUAUCUCCAGGAGAGGUUAUGCGGCGGCGCCACAUGGCGUGGUGUCGGCUAGGGGACGAUCUAGGAGUCAUAUGAUGGAGAAAAUGGACGUGAGGACCGCGAUUCAAGAAGAGGCUGGGGCCUCUACGGCUUGGGCCCCGGACCCUGUAACCGGUUACUAUAGGCCUGAAAAUUCCUUAGCCCAAAUUGAUGCAGCUGAUCUUCGAGCAAUGCUAUUGAACCACAAAGUCAGGCCCAACUAGAAUAGAAGCUAAAGAUCGAUAAACAGCAUGCGGUCACUUGCUACAGUUAUUACUUCUUGUUGAAUUGUUGUAUUGUAUCACUCUUUUUAUGAAACUAGUGUGGUUUGUUUACUUUAA